GCCACUGACUGCGCGGAGUAGGAUAAAAGCGAAGAGCGAGCGAUGAUUCAGUGCACAACUGGUUCACACCCGUAGUCAAAGGUUCGUCAGACAGGAGCCUGUCAAAUAAUCAAGGAUGAAGGUGUUGGUAGCAACAAUCCUACUGGGCUGUGUAGCCCAAGCUCUGUGCGAAGCCCAUGGAGAGGGAGGCAUCCUUGGGCUCCAGGGCGGAAACUACGGAGGCGGAGGUCGCGGUGGCGCUGGACUUGGUGCUUCCCAUAGUGGAGGACAAAGAGUCACCGUCACCAAGACGACGACAUCUGGUGGUGCUGCUGGUGGUGCUGGUGGUGCCGGUGGUUUCCGUGCUGCUGGUGGUGCUGGUGGUGCCGGUGGUUUCCGUGCUGCUGGUGGUGCUGGUGGUGCCGGUAGUUUUCGUACUGCUGGUGGUGCCGGUGGUUUCCGUGCUACUGGUGGAUCCGGUGGUAUCGGACGUGGUGGCAGCAGCUUCAGCAGCGGCAGCAGCUUCCGUAGCGGCGGCACUGGCAGCGGUGGCUUCAGAUCUUCCGCUGUCAAGAGUGGUGGCGGAUCAUUUGUCAACCUGCCAACUUUUGGUGGCGACAACACCGUCGACAUCAACAACUUCGCCAACAUCGACGCCAGCACCUUCGGUUUCGACAACUUCGGCAACCUCUACAUCAACGUCGAGGCUUUUGAUUUAAAAGGAUGGAGGAACACCGCCCAGGCCGCCGCUCCCCGUGAGGCCCUGAACCCCGCCCAGACCGAGCAGAUCGUCGUCGGAAGCAGAUUCCGUAACGGCUACGCGCGUCAGACGGAGACCAGCGGCGCCUCCAGGGAGGGAAGCGGAAGCGGAAGCUCCGGCAUCGAGCUGUCUGCCACCCGCACCGCCAGCCAGGACGCCACCCAGCAGUUCACGCAGGAGGCUAGCGGAGAGGGCAGCACCGAGCAGGGAGCCGGAUACGUAUUCGAGAGGAACAACAACGGAGAGAUCCGCUUUGUUCCCGUCGCCGUGGAUUCACUGCCGGUCCACUCCGGACCCCGCAGUCAGCUGCCAGCCAGCGCCCGCCGUUUUUAAACCUGGAUGCCUAAACGACACUCUCGUAGCUGAUCCACGGUACUCCACAGCGCCGUGCAGCAGCUGCGGCGUGUAUUUCAACGAGCAAACAGCUCGGACUGAACCGUACAUAAACGAGGGCACCAUAUUAUUUUCGGCUUAGGACAAAGUACCUCUUUUCUGAGAAAUUUUGGCUCAAAAUCCCGAAAUUGUUCUGGGGGCCUUCAAGUAAGAUUGUAACCGGGAAAGGGAACGCCCGUGUGUAUUACGAGCAACUGACGAACUUUCAACUACUCGUGUUAAGCAAUUGUGACCAUGAGAGACCAUCAUACUGUAGAUACUAACUUUUGUAGUAACAAAUAUUUGAAAUUGCA